AUGAUCUUCGCCGCCCGUCAACUUCAGGAGGAGUGUCAGGAGAUGCGGACCCACCGGUACUGCACCUUCGUGGACCUGACGAAAGCCUUCGACACGGUGAAUCAUGAAGGACUGUGGAAGAUCAUGCUGAAAUUCGGCUGUCCGGAGCGAUUCACUCAGAUGUUGCGUCAGCUGCACGACGGUGUGAUGGUGCGAGUCACGGACAACGGAGCUGUCUCAGAGGCAUUCGCAGUGACCAACGGAGUGAGGCAGGGAUGCGUGCUGGCGACAACACUCUUCAAUCUUAUAUUAUCUGUCAUGCUGAUGGACGCCUACCGCGACGAGCGCCCCGCGAUCCGCAUCGCCUACAGGACGGACGGUCACCCCCCUUGA